UUUCUGGCCCAUGCAUUGUUGGCCUAUAUCCUUAGACGGCUGGUGUUUUUCCUUCCUUCCUUUAAUGCUCUGAAGUAACCUGCCUCUUGGCUUUGAUUUGUUGGUGGACUGUGGUGGGGUCAUCCUAGUAAAGGCGUUAAAAUUUCUCUCCCUUGCACUCUGCCUAGUUCUGCCUCUGCUAAUUCCCCCUUCUUGCAGGUAUGUAUAUGCAAAAGGUGUGGAUGUACAACUAAGUGCACACCUUUGAUCCUGACCUAGUGUGUGGACUGCUGCCCGCAGUAUUUCUGGCAUUUUAUCAAGCAAUAAGCACAAGAGUUUAAAAAUCUCUUGCUGCCAUUUCCCUGAGGGGAGUGCAGCAGUUUCCAUGGCAGCAGAGGCCCCCUUUAGUACAGCUCCACAAGCAGCCGCAUUUCAGGUCAGGCAGCUUCAGGUUUUACUCCAAGCUACAGCCUACAUUCAAGAGUUACGAAAAAAUAAAAUAAAUACAAGGAGCAGAGGAGGAAGAUUGGUAGGAGAAAUUUGACUAAGUUUUGAUUGAAUCCUCUUGACUUUAUCCUGCACCAAAAUGUUUGCAAGUCUUCCCUGGAUUCUCUUGGGGACCCUUUGCACAUUCUCUGGCUUCAGAAUGUUUUCUCUAUUUUGUCUACCUUGACUGCUUUUGCUAAACUUAAUGCUAAAUGUAGUGUUUUUUUCUUAGGCCAUACAAUUCAAAUAAUGUCAGACAGCAAUGUUUUCAAAUACUUGUUGUUAAGGUUUUUGUUACCUUCCUGUUACUUUCUUUCACAUGAACACUUAACUCUAUAAAUUGUUUCCACAUUCCUCUUUUACUGUUAGGGCCUUGCAACAGGAACAGAGGUGGAGGGGUAGUGGAAUGGCUCUGCAGUAACCUAUGAGCUGUAACAUGCCUCUACUAUACAGGCUGCAAGAAGCUUUAGCUUUACGCGCAUUUCAGGUGUAUAAAACAAAAAGGCUUUAAGUACAAUCUUCCUAGUCCUUAAGAUUACAGAGAAAGCCAUGGUUUCCAAGCCUAAAGUUCUUUGCAGAUGGUGAAAAGCCAGACAACAAUGAAAAAAUUGCAUAUUUCUGUUCUGCAGACACUUAAAUAUCGGGAUUUAGGAAACCGUGACAGUACUGUUUCAGAAUACAACAACAUUUUGGAGAGAAAUACCCGUGGGAUCAGUGCCCUGGGCGAGGGGACGCCUGAUGGAUGGAGUGUGUCUGAGCAGGCAGCGCCCCGCUGCCCAGCCACUGGCCUCACACCGUGCCCAGGGCUGGGUGAAAGGAAAUCCUGGCUGACUAAAGUUGGAAGCCCAAGUUCUCGUAUAGACAGAACAAAUUUUUCUAAUGAAAAGGAGAUUUCCAAGCUUGACUUCUCAGGAUUUAGCACUAGAUACUAAUAGAAGAAAACAUCACUAAGCACUAAACUGAUGUUUCUGCUGCAUAUUUUCUGUGCAUCCAUAAAAUGUCAUGAGCACUUGGAUGCUUUCUGUACUUGAAAUAGAUGAUUGCUGUUCCCAUGAAGUAAGAAUUCUUAGUUGCUCUAUUAGGUGUUUCACAACAUGAUUGUCAGUGCUUAAUAUCUAAAGUGUCAAUAUCUAAUUUAUUGCAUCUUGAAAUCUAUAAAAGUCGCUAAAAGUAUCAUUGAUUAUUUCUGUACAGAGAUACUUCUUAUUCCAACCAUAUGAAACCUAAUCUUUACACUGUAAAGGAUAUAUAAAUAAUCUCUAUGUUCUACAGUUCAUAACCUCUCCAGAAAUGCAUAGCUUACAGAACUGGAACUCUUAGAGAGGUAUUCUAACAUCUCUGUAUUACAGAUCAUAUUACUUGUGAUAAUUUAAAAUAAAUGUGCAUUGCUUCAGACAAAAA